UCGGGGCUGUGGUGUAAACCCGAAGUUCCUCCGCUCGGCUAGCCACUCACGCCUCCUUCGCCUGCCGCUGGCGCUUCCGCUUCCGGUAGCUACUAACCGAGCCGGGUGAGAGGCUCGGCCAUGGCGGGGAGCCGGCUGGAAACCGUGGGCAGCAUUUUCUCGCGGACUCGGGACCUCAUGCGGGCUGGGGUAUUGAAGGAGAAGCCCCUCUGGUUUGACAUAUAUAAGGCCUUUCCCCCGCUGAGGGAGCCGGUCUUCCGAAGGCCCCGCUUGCGAUACGGCAAAGCCAAGGCUUCCAUCCAGGACAUCUUCUACCACGAGGAUGUGAUUCGAGCGAAAUUUUAUUCAGCCUAUGGAUCUGGUCAGAAAGCCUUCGAUCUGUUCAAUCCAAACUUCAAGUCCACCUGUCAACGGUUCGUGGAGAAGUACAUGGAGCUGCAGAAACUUGGAGAGACAGACGAAGAGAAAUUAUUUAUGGAAACAGGGAAGGCUUUACUGGCAGAAGGAGUCAUUUUAAGACGUGUAGGAGAAGCAAGGGCUCAACAGGAUGAGAGUCACGGCUCCUGGAAAUCUGAACCCGUGGGUGUCAAACCCCAAACUGAGUUGGAAAAAAAACAGCCCCUGAAAGAAGGUGCACGGGAGCAGCAUUCGGAGGCACCUGAAGAGCCGUCGAAAGGCCUCUCAGCUCCCUGAAGGACUCAAACACCAUGCACACAGACGUCUGGACGGUGCUCACUAGAGGGUGUUGAACAGCCUGGAACAGCCGAGCUCUGUACAUGUUUCCGGAUCUCCCAGGCAUUGUGCUCGCCUUCUUCUAGUUCCUGUUUCCAGGUUGUCACACGGCUCCGGGUUACAGUUUGAAAGAAGCAGUUGUGUGAACUUUCACGUUAGGGCAGUGUCAAAUAAAGAAUUCCCUAGCUGCUUGUAAAGUACAUUUGCUUUUACACUGUAAAUAGCACGAGGAAACCUUUACAAGUAUUGAUUGAAUGGGACUCACCUUGAGUAGGUCUGCUUGGAUUUUGGUGUUCACGUGUGGGCUGGCUACGUUGGAUUCUCGGGCGUGUUUCUCUUCUCAGGAUCCAUCAGACUUUCACUUAUACCUGUCAGAUAAUCUGAUACGUGCAGAUAAUCUAUGUCCUCUUUGUUGUAGAAAUGCUGCCCUCCAACUCGAGAGGCCAAGCUGCCUUGUGCUUGGCGGUAAGAGCGAGGACCUGUCACUGAACACAGCCAAAGGCCAGACUAUCCCUUUAACUUCAUGCACUGGCUGUGCCAGAGACAGCAUGGGCCUGCACGCACAGGCUUUGCUGAGCGAAUGAAUGAUUGCAUCCAUCUAAACCCUGAAUCCAGGAGACAGCUCUUGGGUUGCCAGUAGGGGGCAGCCCGUUUAGAUGAUGUUCUCCACCAGCACCCACCUGCCCCCGGUGCGAGGUGUGCUCACAGGUCCUCACCGACUGUCCUGCUUUUAUUGAAUAAAUGAAAUACCCCUCUGA